AUGGACAUCUGUGUCGGGCUUUCCCCAGGUAUUCCAUAUAUUGCAACCGUUGCUGCAAUCCUUGGAUUCCCCUGGCAUCGACUCCCUGUGUUGUUGGUGAGAAGACGCAGGCUUUUUGUAUACAAAGUAGGGUUUCCCCAUCACGUGUACUGUGAUGAAGUUAAUGAGAAGGGAGAUCAAAAUCAUUCACAUUGGUUGUCGAUGGUUAUAGCUCUACAUUACAUCUGUGAGGCUAGCAAUCUAUUCACAGGAUGGUGUCCGGAUAAAGAUGUUUUGGGAGCCUUGAAUUACAUAAGAAUUAAGGUGAUGAUGUGUCUAAGAUACGGCUUGGGUUUUGGUGCAAAUAUGAGGUUGGGACAAACUGCAACUUGUCGAAGCGUCCUACCACAACGUAGAACAGUCACCGUAACGAACUUCUACAAUACUUCAAUAGCUAUCGAGUAUGCCAUGGAAGGGAACCGGAAAGUCCGUAUCCUGAGAGAUAUUGACGGCUCAGAAAUCGAAUGA